AUGGUUCAGAAAGAAAAGACGCUGGAGGCGCCUGCGGUAGAUGGCGAGCCAAGCCCCAGCCCAGUCUCCGGAGAGGCUUGUGCAGAGGCCCCUGGCCCGGUGGAGGAAUCCGGGAUCGUUGUCGAAUCAACAGGACAGAGAAAAUUCAUAAGCGGAGUCGUAGAAGGUUUUUACGGUCGACCGUGGACAAUGGAACAGAGGAAAGAAUUGUUCAGGAGGCAGCAGAAAUGGGGAUUGAACACUUACCUUUAUGCUCCAAAAGAUGACUACAAACACAGAAUGUUCUGGAGAGAGUUGUACUCGGUGGAAGAAGCAGAGCAACUUAUGACAUUAAUUGGUGCAGCAAAGGAUUAUGGGAUAGAGUUUAUUUAUGCGAUUUCCCCUGGACUGGACAUCACCUUCUCUAAUCAGAAAGAGGUUUCUGCACUUAAGAGAAAACUGGAUCAGGUUUCUCACUUCGGCUGCAAGUCAUUUGCCUUACUUUUUGAUGAUAUUGACCACAAUAUGUGCCCUGCUGACAAGGAGGUUUUCAGCUCAUUUGCACACGCUCAGGUUUCCAUUACCAAUGAAAUCUACCAGUACCUGAGUGAACCUGAAACCUUCCUUUUUUGCCCCACAGAGUACUGUGGAACCUUCUGCUUCCCAAAUGUCUCACAAUCCCCCUACCUCCACACAGUAGGAGAAAAACUCCUACCAGGGAUUGAUGUGCUGUGGACCGGUCCCAAAGUUGUAUCAAAAGAUAUAACUGUGGAAUCAAUAGAGGAGGUGUCUAAAAUCCUCAAAAGGGCUCCUGUGAUCUGGGACAACAUCCACGCCAAUGAUUAUGACCAGAAGAGGCUUUUCUUGGGCCCAUACAAGGGUCGCUCCACAGAGCUUAUCCCAAGACUGAAGGGGGUACUGACGAAUCCAAACUGUGAGUUUGAGUCCAACUUUGUGGCGAUUCACACUCUGGCUACAUGGUACAAGUCAAAUAUGAAUGGCGUGCGCAAGGAUGUGGUCAUGACGGAUGGCGAGGACAGCACAGUUUCCAUUCAGAUCAAGUUGGAGAAUGAGGGCAGUGAUGAAGAACUGGAGACAGACAUGCUUUAUAGCCCACAGCUUGCUCUGAAGCUGGCUCUCACAGAAUGGCUGGGGGAUUUUUGUGUGCCUCAUCAAUACAACAGCCGACAAGUGCCUCAGAGCGGAGCCAAAAGCACAGCCAUAAAUGUGCCGUCCAUGGCUGCCCCUUCUCUGUGCUCCUCCACAACAGUCACCACUGUGUUCCAGCAGCCCAUCAUGUCACCAGCCAUACCACCACUCUGUCUGGAUCCACUCUCGCAUCCUUUGGCCAAAAGACCUCAGGAAGUCGAGGAGGUUGAAGUGGAGAAGAAGGAUUCAGACGAGGAGCCAAUGGAGAUGGUGGUUGAGAAGCAAGAUGAAACGGAAGCAGAGGUUGAAGCCGAGCCAGAGGAGAAAUACGUUGAACCUCUAUCAACUGACAAGAUGACAGAAGACCUGAAACCCAUGGACACAGAUAAGGAGAGUCUGGCAGAGUCAAAGUCCCUUGAAGAGUCUCUACAGGAAGACUCAGGGAGUGAUAUCGCUCCUAUGCAGACAGAUGAUCAGCCCAAACAGGAUGUGUUUGUUCCUGGUCCCAAUGAGAAGCCGUUAUAUACUGCAGAGAUGCUUACUCUGGACGACCUCAGUCUGCUGGCAGAGCUAUUUUACUUGCCUUAUGAACAUGGACCCAAGGCCAUACAGAUGUUGAAGGAGUUCAACUGGUUACGAGCCAAUAGCAGCGUUGUCAGUGUUAACUGCAAGACAAAGGAAAGUGAAAAGGUAGCGGAAUGGCAAUUGAGGGCAGAGAAGUUUGAAGAGAUGUGCUGCUCCGUCAUUCAGAUGUUUACACGGCUGUCUAACACAGCCAACCGCACCAUCCUGUACGACCUUUACCCUUAUAUCUGGGACAUCAAGAGCAUAAUUUCUAUGGUCAAGUCUUUUGUCCAGUGGCUAGAUGGAAGAAUCCACAGUACAAGUUUCUACUGCUAUUGGAUCGACAGUGGCCGAUGGUGUCGUAGUCAGUCUUCAGCACAAUUCCUUAAAGGAGACCAAGAGCCCUGGGCCUUUAGGGGAGGUCUAGCAGGAGAGUUCCAGAGGUUGUUGCCAAUAGACGGAGCAAACGAUCUGUUCUACCAACCUCCACCUUCAUUGCCCACUUCCAAAAUCUACACUAUAAGGCCGUACUUUCCCAAAGAUGAGACUGCUGUUUAUAGGAUCUGUAAGGAAAUGUACUGUGAGGGAAUGGAGGAUGAAACUUUUCCCGAUGAUGAUCCCGACCUCAUAGGAGACAGGUUAGUUGGCGGUCUCCUGACACUAAGUUCAGACUAUGGGUUUGUGCUGGAGGACGAUGAAGGGAUCUGCGGAUAUGCUCUUGGUACUGUGGACGUCCAGCCCUUCAUCAAGAAAUGCCAGUUGAGCUGGAUUCCCUUCAUGCAGGAGAAAUACCACAAGCCUGACUGUGAGAAGGACCUGACAGAGGCAGAGAAAAUGAUGCUGAGUUUCCAUGAAGAGGAGGAAGGCCUCCCGGACUCCUUUCUCUCCAACUUCCCUUCUCUCAUCAAAGUGGACGUACAUGCUAAAGUGACUGAUCCCAGCGUGGCCAAAAGCAUGAUGGGAUGUCUUUUGUCCUCUCUUAAAGCUAAUGGUUCUCUUGGUGCAUUCUGUAAAGUUCGCCAGACUGAUAAGCGAAUGUUGGACUUCUACGGUAAACUAGGAUGCUUUGAAGUGGCCAAAAUGGAGGGCUUUCCUAAAGAUAUCAUUAUAAUGGGACGCAGCCUUUGAAGAAACAUCCAGAGAGCCUAAGCCUGUGUGUUGUCUUUGUGAGAAAAAAACCUUCACAAUGAUUUAUAUAAUACAUAAUCUAGGUUGGGCUCUGCAAACGUUUUUUUCUAGGUUUUGUGUACAAAAACACAUCAACCACACAACAAUCCCCUGAGCAGCUCACAGAUUCUAAGGUUCUGAUAAAAUCAUCAGAUCGAUAAGUACAAACCUGAGGUGGCCUGAUCUGUAGUGUGUUGAUUUGAAGGUGGAAAAAAAAGCUCUAACUCAACUUUCUUUUUAUGCUCUAUUGCAGUAGUCAUUACAUGGAUACUUUCUAAGAGCUGGGGGUCAGUGUUUAGAACUAAGGCAGAGAUGUGAAGUAAAGAUGGAUUUAGGUUAAAAUCACUACUCUGCCCUUCUUUGUUUUUUGGCUUUGACAUAGAACAGCACAGCCGUCCACAACAAGUAGGACACAACUCCAGAGAUAAAUGGUGCUCUAUUAAAGUCUGACUUCUCCUGGAGGCUGCGGGAAAUGUAAAAAGAUGUUUACAGACCAGUUUCUCAGCUUAGCUUACCUUUUGUUAGGGGUUUGCUUUUGUUCAUUCUCUCAUAGCAUAAGCUUUCUUUAGCCGCUUUAUGCAUUUGCCCUUCUUGUUUUUUAAUACUAGGUUCAUACUGCACACCUACAGUGUCUUCCUUGUACAUGAGACAGAGGUACGCUAUCCAGUCGCUCUAGUUAUGCCCUCCUCAUGGAUGACCUAUAGUUAAUCAGAGCUGUUGACUGGGAUUUAACCGUUAGAAGUUCAGACUGAGCUGUGAUCUAGGUUAUUGAUGUGACCUGGGUGGCGCCAUUGGUGUUUUUUACUUUUGUAUUUCACAAGUUUGUGUUAACAGGUAAUAUUUAUACAGGUUUUUUUAAGAACAAAACAGUCAGUGGGACCAAACACUUAAAAUGGGAUAAAUCUAGCACAUUGUUUUGGAAGUUAAGUCAUUUAAUCAAACCUGCAUGAAAAUGCAGGAUGCUCCCACUGACCUAAAUAUUUGGUUUCAUUUUGGUUGCUUUUGCGCUAAACCUUCACACUAAUCUCUCUUGUUUCUCUUUGUGUUUCACAUUUGGUAAGCUGUGCCAUAAACGCCACAAUAGGAAUCACUGAGACUCUUUAACCUGUAUUACCACACUGUUAUGAAACUGAAGUCAUGGGAGUUGGAAGCCGAAGUUCCCAGGCCUUUUAUUAUGAGUCUAUUGAAUGUUUCAUUCUUUUUUUUGUAAUUCUGUGUAGUUAAUUUAAAGAGAAAGCACUUUGAUAUAGGCAGGAGUGUUGGCUCCUUGCAAAUCAACAGCUGUCUGCUUAAUGUGACGUUUUCAUGCUGUGUACACUCAUAAUUUGCAUGAGGUGAACUGAGUUUGCUGUGGCAAUCAUGAGGAAACCCAAUUUCUGUGCAAAUUUAGAGGAAGACGCAUGCUACUCAAUUUUACAUGAUACCAUAGUACAGACUCUGCACCAAGGUUAUUGAUUAUAAAGUGUUAUUUUUGUACAUGUUUUUUUUAGACUGUAGCUUAAGGAAAACAAGAUGUUGGAAAUGUUGCAUCAUUUCCUAUACAUCUAUCCUACCUGGUUGUUGUUUUUUUCACUUGCUUUUCUAGGAAAAGCAGAAACUCAUCGCCUGAUCUGCCCAUCCUCUACAGAAGCAGAUCUUUUGAUAGAAGAGGGCUGAGACUGAGAGCCAGGGCUCCAUUUGUACAUUAUUAUUAUUCAUUAUGUGAUGAGUUUACCAAUGUAAAAUUUGUAUAAAAGAAACAUAAGAAUAAAACUAAUAAACUGUAAUGAGUUACACUGUUGCCCUGUGUUUUGGAUACCUGUAUGGAUAUACUAAUAAACAUUCAUAAAUAUUGUC